AUGAUCGGAAACGGCGAAAACACAUCGAUAUGCGAAAAGGACACAUACGGCACGUUUUUCGACGAUGCAAAUUCCGAAACUUCGUUGUUAAAUAAUGACAAUUAUAGCCGAGUCAUGGGGAAAAUGAGUGGGUCGGUGGUGAUCAACGUGAAGCGGCCAGUAUACCAGAUGGAUGAUCUACACGAUGGCAAUACGAACGGGGACGUGGACCUAGAGGCCACUGCCAAGCGGAAAAAGGUGUCCAAGCUGAAGUGGUCGGACGUAAAAACGGUGGUGCCGGCAAUCGACUGGCUGUUCACCAACUACAACUGGUCCGAUGACUUCUUCAAGGACUUCGUGGCCGGCUUUACGGUGGCCGUGCUAAACAUACCACAGGGCAUGGCGUACGCUAUGCUCGGCAACGUAGACCCGACCGUCGGCCUCUACAUGGCCAUCAUGCCCGUCAUCGUUUACAGUCUGCUGGGCACGUCCAGACACGUGUCGAUGGGAUCGUUUUCGGUCGUUUGCUUGAUGACCGGCAAGGUGGUGAGCACGUACGCCAAAUCCCACUACUUCAACGCCAACAUCAACCCGGACUUGACGGACGGUACGGCCGGUACGAUGGUUGACCAAGCGGUAUCGCUGCAGCCGCACCAAGCGGCCGCCGCGUACACGUCCAUCGAGGUGGCCACGGCCGUCACUCUGAUGGUCGGCCUCAUACAGAUACUCAUGUACGUGUUUCGGCUGGGCGUCGUGUGCACGAUACUGUCCGAGACGCUGGUCAGCGGGUUCACGGCCGGCGCGGCUGUCCACGUGGUCACUUCCCAGAUGAAGGAGCUGCUGGGCGUCAAGAUCGAUAACCACAACGGACUGUUCCAGAUCGUGCUUACCUACUACGAUAUCGGCAACCGGAUCCGGGACGUCAACUUCGCCACGACCACGGUAUCCAUCGUCACCGUCGUCCUGCUGCUGUCCUACAAUACGCACCUGAAAGCCUUCAUCAACAAGCGCCUGUUCAUGCCCGUGCCCAUCGAGCUCAUCACAAUCGUCAUCGGGACGGCGCUUUUCCAGUUCACCACGUUCUCGGAGGACUAUCAAAUCAAACUGAUAGGUGAGAUCGAGAGAGGGUUACCCGACUUCAAACCGCCGCCGGUGAACUUGCUGAUGAGCGUGAUCGACGAGAGCGUGAUCAUCGCGAUCGUCGCGUACUCGAUCACCAUGUCGAUGGCGCUGCUGUUCUCGGAGAAGCUCAAGUACACGAUCGACACGAACCAAGAGCUGCUGGCCCAGGGCGUCGGCAACGUGUUCGGUUCGUUCUUCUCGUGCCUGCCGUUCGCCGCGUCCCUGUCGCGCAGCGCCACCCAGCAGACGGUCGGCGGCCGCACCCAGAUGGCCAGCAUCGUGUCGGCCGGCCUGCUGGUGGCCGUCGUCUUGUGGAUCGGCCACCUGUUCCAGCCGCUGCCCAGGUGCGUGCUGGCCAGCAUCACGAUCGUGGCCCUCAAGGACAUACUGCUGCAGGUGCGGGACGUGGUGCGCGUGUGGCGGACGUCCAAGGCGGACGCGGCCAUCUGGAUCGCGACGUACGGCACCGUGGUGCUGGUCGAGAUCGACGUCGGGCUGCUGGCCGGCGUGAUCGUGUCGCUGUUCUUCGUGUUCAGCCAGGGCAUCGGGACCGGCGUCGUGGUGCUGGGCCGGAUACCCGACACCGACCUGUACGUGGACAUGGACAGGUACCGGCGGGCGGUCGAGGUGCCCCGCGUCCGGAUCGUCCACUACUCCGGCAGCCUGAACGUGACCAACCGGAACGUGUUCCGGGAGAAGGUGCACGCCGUGCUGUCCCGGUACGACGGGCAGCUGGCCCCCAUCACCAUAUCGAUAAACAGCGGCAAGGAGACGGUGGUCCGAGCCCAGUGCAUCGUGUUCGACCUGUCCGGUAUGCAUUACGUGGACAGCCCGGGGCUCACCAUGUUCACGCGGUUGGUCGACCAGCUCAACGAGGCCGGCCUGCUUGUGUACGUGGCCGCCGUGUCGGGCAACGUGUACGACUGCAUGCGCGCCCAGCAACUCGGCUCGGUGCAGUUCUUCCCGUCCGUCCACGACGCCGUCGUAUAUUACAACAACCUGGAAGAGUUGAGAGCUUGA